AUGGAACAACUGGACAGUGUAUGUUUUGAUCUAUGGGUGGCUGGAAUGGAAACAACUUCAAAUACUCUCUAUUGGUCACUUUUAUAUGUUCUUCUGAAUCCAAAAGUACUCGAGAAAGUAUAUGAAGAAUUGGAUACAAAGAUUGGAAGUGAUCGGAUUAUUACAACUACAGAUCGACCGAAUCUCAAUUAUAUCAAUGCGACUAUUAAUGAAUCCCAACGUCUGGCCAAUCUCCUCCCAAUGAAUAUCUCCAGAACCACCGCGUGUGACAUGGAAAUUGGAGGAUACGGUAUCCCUAAGGGUACAAUAUUCCCAGAACCAUAUGAAUUCCGUCCGGAGAGAUUUCUGGAGAGUGAUGGAAGUCUGAAAAAAGUGGAAGAACUCGUACCGUUCUCAAUCGGAAAACGACAAUGUCUUGGAGAAGGACUCGCUCGAAUAGAAUUAUUCUUGUUCUUUUCCAAUUUAUUCAACAAAUUUCAUAUUCAAUUUCACGAGUCUAAUCCGAGUCCCAGUAUUGAGAAGGAUUGUGGUGUGACGAUGAAGGCGAAAAAUCUCAGAGUUGUGAUGAAGGAGAGAUAUUGA